GUCGAUGGUAUACCUUUGCGCGCCAUGGAUGAAGGGACGACGAACCAGCAGCCACACGCGACUGGAAAUUACGGGCAAGAGACGCCCGCCCGCGCUGACAUCGACGAGAUACUGAGAAGGAAACGAAAAGCGCGCGAGUACAAGGCCUGCUAUCCAUGCCGCCAGCGCAAAGUGAAAUGCGAUCAAGCAGUGCCGUGCAAAACAUGCGUCGUCCGAGAGCAUCCGGAACUAUGCACCUAUCACCCACCGACCGAGUCGCAUCCACCAGCAAAGCGUGUAAGCAUGGGGCUUGGACAGAACGGGACCGCGGACUUUUCGAACGGAAUGGUUCAUAUCCAUGGCGGGACAGUCACGCUGCCGCGCGAGGACUGGGAGCGCAUAUGCGCAAAACUGCAGACAGCAGAGAAGUCUUUAGCUGAGCUGAAGAACUCGAUUAGCAGCGUAUCUGAGGUGUCCCCAAACGCCCCGCCCAAUGGUUAUUCGCCUGCAACCGCCGGAAAUACGCCUCUGGCAGCGCCAGCUGGAAUCGAUAGCGAAACAAACCACGUACGAACACAAGGAAUUCACACAUACAACGACUUCACCGGUCAAACUAUUCAUGUGGGGCCCAGUUCAGUACCAGCUCUAGUCAUGGCGCUUGGAAGAGGAGAUAGUCAGUGGCCAGGGAUACAGGAUGUGCUGGGUAAGAAGAGCAUGCUGCCCAUUUUUGGUCUAGACAACGAGUCUGCGACGUAUCCAUUUGUCGACCUGUGGGGUUUGCCGCAUGGCUCCAUCCAGCGUGCGACUGAGUUAGCGAAUGCUUUGCCAAACGAUACAGAGUGUUUGAGUUUCUUCCGCUGCUAUAGGGAAACGGCACACGUAGUAUACCCUGCUGCUCCCGACAUUGAAAGCAUCGAAUCCGAUCUACUUCUUUUCCUUAUAAAUCGAGCCAGUUCACAGGGCAGUAACGGAGUGACGGAUCAGCAAAUACACGGCAAAGACUUUCAUUGGAUUGGACUUGUGUUUGCAAUUCUUGCGUCAGGCUGCCAAUGUUCCACGUUACCCAGAAAGGAACGUGAGCUCACAUCGCAGGUCUAUAUUUGCUGCAGCUUCGAGUGUCUUCGUUUUACCAAUUUCCUUUCGCAUGCGACUCUGGAGAACAUCCAGACACUUUUAAUCCUCGGCAAUGUUAUCGGCAACAAUAUGAACGCCGGUGUCUCAUGGAGUUUGAUGGGCCUCACUGUCCGUCUCUCACAAACACUUGGGUUGCAUCGAAUGUGCCCUCCUUCUACACCUGCACCGCAAAAAAUUGUUCGAAGCAAAGUAUGGUGGGCUUUACUCUGGCAGGAUUCACUACUGUCUAUCUCGUACGAUAGAGCUUCUUCGACAACUACUAUCGACCACACAGUCCCCUUCAACCCAACUACUUCGCCCGGGACAAGAUCGUAUGUCGAGAGCAUGUAUCGCCUCUGUAAAGUGGGACUUGACAUCGUGCGCGAACGCCAACGCCCGCAAAAUUCACACGAUGCACUGAUACGUAUUACCGAGCACCGGAAUGAACUUCAAGAGAUCAUGGUUGAUGCAGCGGAUUAUCUAAAAGAUUCGAGAAGAUGCCGAUCCAUGCGAGAUCAGCUUGAACACUGGGCACUUUACCUUCACAUCUCAUACGUCACCUCCGAACUCUGCAGGCCUGCCAUUAGCCCAAGUGCCAAAGGUUUCGAUCUUUCAAAAACAUUGCGGAAGACCUGCAUUGACAGUCUCACAAAUACAGUCGAGGCGUUUCUGGGUCUGCAAAACAUGACGGUAUUCGCAACCCGCUCCUGGGCUUCAGUUCAUCGCUCCCUCAGCUCAGCACUGUUGCUAGGGAUAUUGGGCGAACACACUCGCAAUGAGCGAGCACGGUCGCUUCUCACCAAUCUAAUUCAGGUCCUCACUGAUGUCACGGCAAAUGUAGACCCAGCAGAGCUCGCUGCACCAAUCUCACGCUCUGUCUCUGCACUGCAGCGGCUGCUUAACCUUCCCUUUACGUCCCAACGGAAAGCUAGUGAAUCCGGAUCGCAAUCUUCGCCGUCUUUGACUACUUUCACAGCGGAUGAACUUAAUGGCGUUCUUAAUGCGGACGGAGGCUCAUUGACGCAGUCGCCGUUGUUGAAUCUCGAUCUUGAUUCUUCCCCUUACGCGCUUAUGGAGUCAAUCGUUUGGGGUGCCCAGAAAACACCUUGA